CUUUAAACCCAAAAUAGAAAAAAAUUCAAUCCUUACAACUGGUUCCGUCCGUACCCCUAGGCUUCGACAGCCUCAAUGUCCUCCCUGGCGACUACACGAAGACGCGGUCAGCCGAAAGGCAUCUCACCGCUCUCCUCGGAGAAGAUGGAAACCACCACCCGAGGCCACGAUGACGAGAAGAUCAUCACCGACGACUCCAACGGAACCGCCAUGAACGAAUGUGCAUCGACCGAGAAACCCAUGCAAGCCGCUGGUCGCAUUAUCGCGGGCCUCUCUGCCCAAUGGAUUGCCGUUGGUGUCAUGCUGGGCCUGAUCUUCGGUGGAUGUUGCUCAAAUGUAUACGCCUUGGAAGCCAUUAUCAAAGUCGAACCCGCGAGUGGAACUCUCUUGACCUUUGUCCAAUUCCUCUUCGUGGCCGUCACUGGAUACUUCUCUCAAUUUGACCGAUCGCGACCCCCGUUCUUUCUGCAAGAAAACAAGGUUCCUUUGCGCCGCUGGAUCAUCAACAUUGUGCUGUUCUUCAGUAUCAACGUGCUGAACAACCACGCCUUCAGCUACGACAUCUCAGUCCCCGUUCAUAUCAUUCUCCGCUCUGGUGGAAGCAUUACGACAAUGAUUGCUGGGACUCUUUAUGGAAAGAAAUACUCCCGCAUUCAGAUCUUGGCUGUCAUUCUCCUGACCUUUGGUGUUAUCACCGCAGCUUGGUCGGACGCACAAUCCAAGGACUCUUCAAAUACCGCCGGUAGAAGCGAUAGACCCGCCUUUGGAACAGGACUUAUCAUCCUCUUCGUGGCACAGGUUCUCUCUGCCAUCAUGGGCCUAUAUACCGAGGAGACAUACAAAAAAUACGGGCCUCAGUGGAGAGAGAACUUGUUCUACUCGCACUUGCUAUCUCUGCCCCUUUUCCUCCCAUUUGCGCCGUCGCUUAUACGUCAAUUCCAACGGUUGGCCAGCAGCCCGCCAUUAUCGUUACCUGCCUUGGCACAUCUUCCCGGCCUUGGCUUAGGCAAAAAUACUGAAGGGGAAACAGCUGGAUUGCACGUCCCGAGCCAGCUUGCCUACCUCGCAACGAACGUUCUUACCCAGUAUGCGUGUAUCAGGGGUGUCAAUCUUCUAGCGGCCGUGUCUUCGGCACUGACCGUUACCAUUGUGUUGAACAUUCGCAAAUUAGUCAGUCUACUCCUGAGUAUAUGGCUCUUUGGCAACCGGCUAGCUGUGGGAACGCUGCUUGGGGCGAUCGUCGUGUUUGGUGCGGGUGGACUCUACUCAUUAGAUUCCAGGGCCAAGACCUCGAGAGUGCAUAAGGGCUCAGAUACGAAAUAGAGCUGUAAGGCAUGCAUAGAGACGCCUUCAUCGACCAUAAUAGAUGAAUUACCGCAUUUCUCUUGGACCACUGUGGUAGACUGAGAACUUAGAAUAGCAAGUCCCGGUUGACCCGUAAAACUGGCUUCGUUUUCAUGGUCUAUACUUAAGAGAGUCUCAAUGAUUUGUGGGUAGCAAUGGCAACGGGGUGCUUUGCACCUCGUGAGUGAGCCUCGUAUACGUAC